CUUGGACCCAGCAGAGCGCUCCGUGUCUCCCUGUGAACCGUGUGGUGCUCGUCUCUCUCAGCGGGGACACAUCAGCUGAGACACGGGGACAAGUCUGACAACUCACCGCUGUGUGGCUCCGACACGUUCAACAGGAAACUCCCCUCUUCUUAUGAGGUAUGUGGCCACGGUGAUGUCAGGAUGGCCAAGCGACCGGGCACCGACGACGAGAUGCUGACAUCGCCGACCCUUCUCCGGGACUUCGCCGCCGAAAUGAGCGCCGGGAAUUUGUUGAACAUGGACUGCGGCGACGGAGCCGAGGAGGUUUCGCUGGAAGAAAUCCUGAGCCUGUACAGCCAGCCGAUAAACGAGGAGCAAGCCUGGGCAGUGUGCUACCAGUGCUGCCGGACGCUAGCGCUGAGACACCGGAGGAAAAGCCCCAAGUCGGCGGUCGCCUCUGCUGCCGGGUGGCCGCGAAGGAUCGAGGGACCCGGGGACGUGAGGAUCGGGAGAGACGGCACCGUGGAGCUGCGCUUUGAAGACGGCGCAGAUAAAUACACAUCGGCCCCCACGUCAUUAGAGAUCAAACAAAGCAGAAGAUGGGCACGUAGCUCUUUGAGUCAGGUGAUCGACUCACUGGGUGUCAUGAUCUACAAAGCUCUGGACUAUGGCCUCAAGGAAAAUGAGGAGCGUGAACUCAGCCCACCACUUGAGCGUCUGAUCGACAUGAUGACCAACAAUGAAGAAACCGAGAGCGACCCAUGUCCCGACGAGGGCUACGAGGCCACUGAGGAGGAGGAUGAGUGUGAGGAGGAGGAGGAAGAGGAGCUUGUUUCCACCACUACCACCUGCGCAGUCAGCAGCAUUCGCAGCUAUCGAGAUAUUAUCUUGCUAUGUUCUUCCCACCUGCCCAGCCCAUCAGACGCUCCCAGUCACUACCGGGCGGUGUGCCGUGCGCUCUAUGCAGAGACCAGGGAGCUGCACACCUUUCUGGAAAAGAUCAAGAGUGCCAAAGAGAACCUUCGGAAAAUGGAAGGUGAGACUCGGGAGGAAGCUGUCAAAGACCUUGAUGAGCUGCAAAACGCAGACUGGUCCCUCCAGGCACGGUUCUGGGUGCAGGUGAUGCGAGAUCUUCGACACGGCGUAAAGCUGAAGAAGGUUCAGGAACGCCAGUACAACCCACUGCCCAUUGAAUACCAGCUCACGCCCUACGAAAUGCUGAUGGACGACAUCCGCUCCAAACGUUACAAGCUGCGAAAAGUCAUGGUCAAUGGCGACAUUCCCCCGAGGCUAAAGAAGAGUGCGCACGAAGUUAUUCUGGAAUUCAUCAGGUCACGACCUCCUCUCAACCCUGCUGCUGCCCGUAAACUGAAACCCCACCCUGUGCGACCCCGGAGCCUCCAUGAGCGCCUGCUGGAGGACAUCAAAGCUGAGAGGAAGCUGAGGCCGGUGUCACCGGACAUGAUCCGCAGGAGUCGUCUGGGUGCAGGGAAAAGCAUCAGCACUCCUCAAGACCUGUUCCGAAGCUCAGACACUCCGGAUGCACCCAGGAAGUUGGCUGUCAGCACCCAGUCUCUGGCCAGCGGCACCAAGGGACCCGGUCAAGGUGGAGGCGUGCAGCCACUCAGCCAGAGGAAGAGGCUGCUCAGGGCGCCCACGCUGGCCGAGCUGGACAGCUCCGAAUCUGACGAGGAGCCCACACGGAGCAGCUCUAGUAUGUCUACGUCUUUAAUAGAGGACACGUCGCCCGAGUCUGUCACAGGGAAGAAGGCUCCUCCAAACUUCCUGCCCAUCUCUGCCACCCCGCAGCCAGACAAGCGUCAGUCUCCACAGAGGCGGCACUCCAUCGAGAAGGAGGCCCCUACCAGCGUCCGGCCCUUUGCACCUCCAUCCAGACAGAGCUCCAAGUCUCUGCUGAUGACGGAUCCCAGCGCCAAGGUGGAAGCUGCCAGUGGUGCUCAGGGCUCGGAGGAAUUCUGUUACCCCGUGGAGUGUCUGGCGCUGACGGUGGAGGAGGUGAUGCACAUCAGACAGGUUCUGGUCAAGGCUGAGCUGGAGAAGUUCCAGCAGUACAAAGACAUCUACAACGCUCUGAAGAAAGGAAAGCUUUGCUUUUCAUGUCGGAUCAAGAGGUUCUCCCUCUUCACCUGGUCCUACACCUGCCAAUUCUGCAAAAGGCCUGUGUGCUCCCAGUGCUCUAGAAAGAUGCGUCUUCCAUCCAAGCCUUAUUCCACCCUGCCCAUUUACUCUCUGGGCCCCAGUGCUAUGGUUAAAGAAGAGGCAAGGGAUGCAUGUGCCCCAGCCGAGCCUGAGAGGAACCUGUUUGGUUCUGGACAAAGUCGCCACAGCCUACGCAGGAGUGUUAACAAGUCGUCCAAACAUGGCGGCGGCAGCAGCAGCAGUGGCAGCAAAGAUGACCGGUCAGAGGAUGAGCCGGAGCUGCCCAAGGAGCUGACGGAGGAUUGGGUCGCCAUGGAGGUGUGUGUAGACUGCAAAAAGUUCAUCACGGAGAUCAUCUCCACCAGCAAGCGCAGCCUGUGCGUGGCCAGCAAGCGUGCCCGCCUCAAUCGCAAAACUCAAUCCUUCUACAUGUCAUCGUCCAACUCCGUCAACUUCCGGCCCUCGGAGCGCACCAUCAACGAGGUGUAGAACGAAGGACUGCUCCGGUGCACUUUUGUUACGCUGAGCUUAUUCAUUCCAUGAAGAAGAAAAAUCUCCUCUUAGGCCACAAGGACUGGUUUACCGCAGUUUAUCUAAAAAGUGAUUUUCAAAAAUAAAAAUGAAGCCAUGAAGCCAGUCUGCCCCACCCCAAAGGUAGAAAAGGUUGUUAUACCUUACCCCUCCAUCUCAGGAAAAGAUGGCACGCUCUGAUUGGUCGUGACUAGUCAGGACUCCGCAGUAGCUGCCAGAUCACAAAGGAGAGCCAUGUUUCUAUCAGCGGCAGUGAUGGACAUGUUGAGCUGCUGAUGUCACUGUUGUGAACCAGGUAAGAGAAUGUAUAUUUGACUCAAGAGCAGGGUUAGAUGAUACAGAAAGCCAAAAGCUGCAGUGAUUUUUGUGUAAAUAGCAUCAAGGCCCAACCCUGAUCCUGAUCUUAGCGCUCAAUAAGUUUUCCAGUUCCUGUUUACUUCGAGCACUCAGGAAGAACAACCGAUUGUCUUUUCUGACAGAAAUGCACUGUUGAUCCUCGUGUCAGGUCUGCCGGGGUCGAUCUCCGCCCCCUGCCCCUCCUUUAUUCUUCCAGCAACAAGUAUGCCAAAUGUUACGUCAUCACUCACUUUUUAGUCAUAUAUAUAUAAAUGCAUAUUCACUGUUAUCACAAACACACUGGGGGUUUAAGAAGAGUCAGUUUAUUUUUCUUGGUGGGGGUUUCUGCUUUUAGUUGUAAUGUAUAUUCAAAUUCUGUGCCUGGUGCCAAAAUGUAUUUUUCUUUGAAUGCCUUUGUAGUCAUGGACCUACUGUACAUAUGUAUGAUAUAUGCACUCAAUGGGGGACAGUUGAGGGUAAUGCAUUGUUCUUGGUGUCUUCACCCGUUCUUGUUUCAAGCUGCGCAAAUCAAGCACAGAAACGUGGGCUGUGAAUGUGUACAUGCUGUAUAUCUUAAUUAUUCCAAAAUUUAAUAUAAGAAAAACUCAAAUUAAGUAGAAAUAUAAUUUUACCAUGUUUUAGGAUUCCUGCCUCUGGGGCUUCUUUAUUUUAUUUUAUUUUUCUCAGACCUUUUUAUUAUUAGUGUCCUUAUAUUUGUGUUGAUAGUACGAUUUUAUUUCUAUUGUAUAGUUCAUAAACUCCUCAGUGUUAAGAUACUCCUAAAUCGCAAAUAGCACUUUUAUUGGACCAAUUUAUUGUUUAUAUUGAGGUUUUUUUCUUGUCUUAAUUAAUUGAUGAUAAUAAUAAUGAUUAAUCUUUAUUUGUCACCGCUGGGUCCAUAGUGUUAUUUCCCAGGGUUCCUCAUGAAUGAAGGUAUGUGUGAAUGUCUGCAGGUUGUUUCUAAAGGAAGAAUAAUGGCUUAAACAAAACACUCCACUGACUUGAUUGUAGGAAACUUUGAGAGUAUAACUGUCAUUGAAUGAGCUCAAUGAACAUUAUAGUCAAACUUGCAUAUAAAGUACGCAUUUAAAACAUCUCGUGUUCAUAUUGCAUUCUGGGACAGUUAUCACCAAACGAACAAAAAGCCCGACCAGCCUGUCAACUGAUGCCAUGUUCCAAUAAAUUAGUCCAUUUGCCCAGUUUUAAGUUGGACCUCUGUAAUGAAUGUGUGCAUGCUGUACUGUGACUUGUUUUUAUCAAAGAAAUUAUAAUAAAAUCAUCAUCAUUCGUA